UAGGUUCUGUGCGCUUUGUUAUCUUUAAAUUCAUAAAAUAAGAGUGUUCGUGGAUGUUAGUAAUUUUGCCUUUUUCCAACACCAUUUGAAAGAUAUCCAUCGCAUUUUAGUUGGUUCAUUAUUACAUUCUCUUUUUCUUAACGUAAUUUAUAUCACAGCCUGUUAUAGGUUUUUUUUUAUUUGUAGAGAAAAAUGUCUACUACAGCCAGAAGACGUCUCAUGAGAGACUUCAAGAGAAUGCAACAAGACCCUCCUGCUGGUGUUUCCGCAUCUCCCGUUUCAGAUAACGUUAUGCUUUGGAACGCAGUAAUUAUCGGGCCUGCAGAUACUCCUUUUGAAGACGGAACUUUUAAACUGGUUUUAUCUUUUGAUGAACAGUAUCCGAAUAAGCCUCCUUUGGUAAAAUUUGUUUCAACAAUGUUUCAUCCGAACGUUUAUGCGAAUGGCGAGCUCUGUUUGGAUAUCCUACAAAAUCGAUGGUCUCCGACGUAUGAUGUUGCCGCCAUUCUGACGUCCAUCCAAAGUUUACUGAAUGAUCCAAAUAAUGCUUCUCCGGCGAACGCCGAAGCAGCGCAGCUUCACCGUGAAAAUAAGAAAGAAUACAUACGUCGCGUUCGGAAAACUGUGGAAGACUCUUGGGAGAGCUAACUCAAGAAUUCCCUUUCCUUGAUGCGUUUCCUUUAACUUAGAAUAUGACUUAAAGACAUUAUCCUCGUUUCCUUCUACUAGAUUAUUGUUACCUCAUAAUUUUGGAAUUUCGCUGCUAAAUUAUUAUUAUAUAUUCGAUGAAUCAUAUUAUUUAGAGGUAAAUUGGUCGCAGGUAGUUUUCUCAUUAAAUAUGUUUAUUUUUCAAAUGGCUUGUUUACGCACAGCAUUAGAUACCAUGGAGCAAAGAGUAGGAAUACAUCUUUUUGAAUAGUUAAACCC